UACUUGAACAGCCCAAAGGUAUAGUCACACAAGCCAAAGAAACGGUGGAAGCAGGGGCUAGAAAGGCGAAGGAGACUGCCCAGGGAAUCCUUGAGGGAUCGACCAAGGAGGGAAAGAUGGGGACAGGCGAGCAGGUCGCUCAGGGCAAAACAGAACACAGAAAGACCGAGAAGCAGCAGCCCGGAGGUGGCGUACUGGCUGAACAGCCCAAAGGUGUGGUCGCACAAGCCAAGGAAAUGGUGGAAGGAGGGGCUAGAAAGGCGAAGGAGACUACCCAGGAAAUCCUGGGGGGAUCAACCGAGGAGGGAAAGACGGAGACCGGUGAGCAGGUUGUUCAGGGCAAAACAGAACACAUAAAGACCGAGGAGCAGCAGCCUGGAGGUGGCGUACUGGGAGCAAUUGGCGAGACUAUAGUGGAGAUUGCGCAGACAACCAAGGAGUUUGUGGUCGGGCAGGACGAGCCAGGAGGCGAAGAGGCAAACCUCGCUUUCUCGGCCUCCUCAACGGACCGUAGCGAGCAAGGAGAGCAUAAGCAAGACCGCAGUAAAUAGAGGUUGGCCACAGAAGGUUCAUAGCUCUGCUUUGAUUUAGGAUGGGAAGAGGAAUGUAGAGUUGAGAGGUGUGCCAUGGUGAAAACGUGAGAGGACGAACCUGCGAAGCAAAUAAAACAGUUUUCUAGCUCUUGUCCUAGUGAAACUGGUGGAUGUACAGAUAGAGAAUGUUUGUUGUAUGGUGAACUUUCGUGUAAUAAACGAUUCUGGAAUGGUUAAGAUUUCCAUUUCUGAGUGACC